AUGAUCAGAUAUGCACUUUCUAAUAAUCUUCUUCAAUCUUCAUUUUGUAAAUCAUUUGAAAAAGAACAAAGAAUUUUAGACUUCUUUUCUUAUGGAGUUGUUAAACAUUUACUUUCUCUUAAGAUAGUUCAAUCAUUUCCAGUUUGUGACCCAAGUUUCUUUACUUCAUUUAGAGAUGCUUGUAUGGCUUGUAGAGAAAUUAUUUUCGAUGAACUACUUUCAUCUUACAUUCCUUCUAAUGAAACAAAAUCAAAAAGAGUGUGUAUGAUCAUUGCAGAAUGUGAACUUCAAAAAAAGAGUUGUAGUGACGAGUUUAAUAAAAAUAUUUUAUUUGAUAUUCAAACAUUCUUAGUAAAUUGUUUGUUUACUGCAGGUUGUAAUAAAGUAUUCAAUGCUUCAUUCGCUCUCUCUUCUCCUGAUAGAACUACUCAAAGAAUUAAACAAAUUCCAAUUUAUAAUUAUAAUCUUCCAUUAUUAUUUGCUUAA